UGUCAAAUUAAUCAUUUUUCUUCUACUUUGCUUAUUUUCUUUCAGAAGUUGUGAACGUAAAAUUGAAGCUGUCAUAUAAUUUUUAGAAUAUUUUUGCAAAAGAUUCUAAAGAGUAAUUAAAUUUGUGUAUUGUAGUGUAAUUUAAAUCUAACUCCUUAAGUAUUUUAGAAUUCAUUAUGAAUCCAAUGUCAAUAGAUAAAGACGAACCUUCGUCUUUGUUGUCAUUUUCUACGAAUCACCCCCUAGAGCAAUUCGUUCUCUUAGCAAAAGGUGCUAAAGGAUUUGCUUGUGCCGAGCUCAUAAAACAAGUGUUAGAAGCACCAGGGGUUCACGUAUUUGGAGAGCUUCUCGAAAUGCCGAACAUAAAAGAGCUUGAAAAUGGACCAUAUGCAGCCCAUUUUAAGACACUAAAUCUGUUUGCUUAUGGCACCUAUAAAGAUUACUUGGAGAACAAAUCAGAAUACUUGGAGCUUACUCCAACACAGUGCAAGAAGCUUCAACACUUGACUAUAGCAACUCUGGCCACACAAGAGAAAUGUAUUCCAUAUAGUGUGUUGCUCAAAGAACUUGAUAUUAAAAAUGUUAGAGAUUUAGAAGAUUUAAUUAUUGAAGCUAUUUAUGCAGAUAUAAUCCAUGGUAAACUGGACCAGGAAUGCAAACGAGUCGAAGUCGAUGUGGCAUUAGGGAGGGAUGCACGACUCGAAGAUGCUGGUGCAAUUGCUGAUGUCCUCGCAGACUGGUGCAAUGCAUGUGAGGCAGUUCUGAACUCCGUAGACCGCCAUAUACAGAGAGCCAAUCAUCACAAACAGAGGGCUAUAAGACAUCAGCAGGCUAUUGAACAAGAGAUUGUAUAUAUUAAGAAAACUUUGAAAACUCAAGCCGAGAGCGAAGAUUCUGCUACAGGCGGUGGCACAGAAACACACUCCGCCCCAAAAAAAAAUUCCGGCAAAGGAAAAACACCCCGUAACGCAGCGAAAUUUUGGCAGAAGAACACAUAAUUAUUAUGUAAUAUAAUUUUUUGUUUGUAAUAAUAAUAAAUACAUUUUUAGGUACCUAUGCUA